AAAGCCCGCAGAAUCAAGGAUCCAGAAAGUCACACCCACCAGGGGAUAGUCACAGCCAGCUCUGCAGAAGAAGCCCCUGCCUCAAGAUGGUGCUGAACCUCCUCUUCAUAACCACCGUGAUCAAGUCCACCUUCGGCGUGGUGACCACGGGCCUCUGGCUGAUACCCCUCAUGCUGGCCGCCAUCACAUACUACCGCUACGACGCCGUGGACCCCGAGUCGAGGCCCCUGGACCAGCUGAAUCUCUUUCCCGAGUACGACUUCAUAGUGGUGGGCAGCGGCUCGGCGGGCGCGGUGGUGGCCAAUCGGCUGAGCGAGGUGCGAAAAUGGAAAGUGCUGCUGAUCGAGGCCGGUCCCGAUGAAAACGAGAUCUCGGAUGUGCCCUCGCUGGCGGCCUACCUGCAGCUGAGCAAACUGGACUGGGCCUACAAGACGGAGCCCUCGACGAAGGCCUGCCUGGGCAUGCAGAACAACCGCUGCAACUGGCCGCGAGGUCGCGUCCUGGGCGGCAGCUCGGUGCUCAACUACAUGCUCUAUGUGCGCGGCAACCGGAACGACUACGACCACUGGGCCUCGCUGGGCAAUCCCGGCUGGGACUACGACCAUGUGCUGCGGUACUUCAAGAAGUCGGAGGACAAUCGCAAUCCCUACCUGGCGAACAACAAGUACCACAGUCGCGGAGGUCUGCUCACGGUCCAGGAGUCGCCCUGGCACUCGCCCCUGGUGGCCGCCUUUGUGGAGGCCGGCACUCAGAUGGGCUACGAGAAUCGGGACAUUAAUGGCGCCCAGCAGGCGGGCUUCAUGAUCGCCCAGGGCACCAUUCGACGCGGCUCCAGGUGCUCCACGGCCAAGGCCUUCCUGCGACCCAUACGAUCGCGCAAGAACUUCCACCUCUCGAUGAACUCCCAUGUCACGCGCAUCAUCAUCGAACCCGGCACCAUGAGGGCCCAGGCGGUGGAGUUUGUGAAGCACGGCAAGGUCUACAGGAUAGCAGCCAGGAGGGAGGUCAUCCUCUCGGCGGGGGCCAUCAAUACACCCCAGCUGAUGAUGCUCUCCGGCCUGGGACCACGCAAGCAUCUGGAGAAGCAUGGCAUCCGCGUCUUGCAGGACCUGCCCGUGGGUGAGAACAUGCAGGACCACGUGGGCAUGGGCGGACUCACCUUCCUGGUGGACAAGCCCGUGGCCAUUGUCCAGGAUCGCUUCAAUCCCACGGCCGUGACCUUUCAGUACGUGCUGCGCGAGCGGGGACCCAUGACCACGUUGGGAGGCGUCGAGGGCCUGGCCUUCGUCCACACACCCUACUCGAAUCGCAGCCUCGACUGGCCGGACAUCCAGUUCCAUAUGGCACCGGCCUCCAUCAACUCGGACAAUGGAGCGCGGGUGAAGAAGGUGCUGGGCCUGAAGGAGUCGGUGUACCAGGAGGUGUACCAUCCCAUAGCCAACAAGGACAGCUGGACGAUAAUGCCGCUGCUCCUGCGGCCCAGGUCGCGGGGUUCGGUGAAGCUGCGCUCGGCCAAUCCCUUCCACUAUCCCCUGAUCCAUGCCAACUACUUUGACGAUCCGCUGGAUGCCAAGACCCUGGUGGAGGGCGCCAAGAUAGCGCUGCGCGUGGCCGAGGCCCAGGUGUUCAAGCAGUUCGGCUCCAGGCUGUGGAGGAAGCCACUGCCCAACUGCAAGCAGCACAAGUUCCUGUCCGAUGCCUAUCUGGAGUGCCACGUGCGGACCAUUUCGAUGACCAUCUAUCAUCCCUGUGGCACCGCCAAGAUGGGACCCGCCUGGGAUCCCGAGGCCGUGGUGGAUCCCCGCCUGCGGGUCUACGGCGUGCGGGGGCUGCGAGUGAUUGAUGCCAGCAUUAUGCCCACCAUUAGCAGCGGCAACACCAAUGCGCCGGUGAUCAUGAUAGCGGAAAAGGGCGCCGAUCUCAUCAAGGAGGACUGGCUGACGAAUCCCGAGUACAAAGUCAAGCGGCAGGCCCAUGGUCCACGAGAUGCGGAGCCAGCCGGGAGCAGCAUUCAAGGCGUCGUCACUCUGCCCACCGGCAAUGUCAGUCAGAGUGACAGCGGCAACAUCACUGGCCACUGGAGCAACAUCGAGAGCAACUUGGGCAACAGCAGCAGCCACCUGAGCAGCAGCAACACUAGCAACAGCAGCAGCAACAUCAGCAACAUCGACAGCAGCAACUUCACACUCAACUAUGCGGAUAGUUAGUGACCUCCAGAGGGGAUAUAGACACGGAAGGGCUCUUGUUAGCUCCGGAUUUUGUGCUCAGGGCUCGGUUAGCUUUAAACACUCAGAGGGUGUCCACAACGAGAAACAACACAAAAUGUUUGCCAUUGCUAAGUAACUGGUUGAGCUGGAAACUCUUUUCGUUAAGAGGAGACUCAACAUAAGCCAGAUGUGAUUCAAAAGCUUAGGAACUCACUGAAAAUUCUCCACUGGAACCAGAAGCUAUCUUCUUUUCAACCCUUCCAUAGGAAUUCCUAGGAAAUUGCGGCACCAGAAGCUAUCCAAUAUUCGAACAUGAGUUUUUCUUCAUUAUGGAAUCCACCAAAAAAUAACUACUGAUCUUUCUACAAAAAGGUACCUAACCUAUCUACAAGCUACUAAAGUUCUUUAGAUUAGAAAGGCAUCUUGUAAUGCCCAUUAAAAUGAUUAGAAAGCCCCACUAUGGAACCAGAAGCUAAAACCUUUAGAACAGCUCCCUCCUCCUAAGACUAAACGAACUCAACCAUCAAGCUAUUGUUGGUUUAAAUAUGACCUUUAUUAAGACAAUGAUUAAACCAAAAAGUUUUCUUCAUCAAAAGUCCACAAAAUAGUUGCGAAAGAAUGCUACUUAAACUUGACAUUCAGAAAAGUCAAGAUACAAUAUAGGACUUUUCCAGGGGAGAACUUUCGAAACUCGUACUCCCCACUGAAUCUCAACGCCUGACGUCCUCAAAAACUCCACGCAACGAUCCUUUGCAAGACGGAAUCCAGAAAUCGAGUCAUAGAUUAAAAGCUUACCCUCAACUUUGCUGUAUUCCUAGUUACAUUAAGUAAUUGUUAUCCUCUUCCAUUUUUUUUUGUUUAUGUAUUAUUUAUGCUAAGCUAGAGGUAGAUAAUUUAAUAUUGUUUGACUAUUUAUAGGAAACUCCCAUGAACGCGCUAUUUAAACGACAUUCUAUUUAAUAAAUUAAAUUUGCAUAAACAUUAA